GCGGCCACGCGACUGUGAAGUGUGCGCGCACGCAGCGGCUGCACGUCGCGCGCAGCGAAGCCUCGCAGGAGCGCGCACGCACGCACGGGCGCGUGGAUUCGGAGCUGCGUCCAUGAUCUGCGGGAGCGCGAAGGUGCGGACAGAUGGAAAACGUCGGUGGAGACACAAGACCUCACACAGCCGGCAUCAGCCCAGGAACUGGAAGGUGAUGCUGUGGCUGAUGGCAGCGUUGCUCGCCUUGGCGGAGGACGUGUUGUCUGAGGAGGACGGUCCAGAAAACCAGCUGAAACCACACCGGCAUGUCCUCGGGCGGCCCCCCUGGAGGCCUUCUGCACCGGAGACCCGAGACCACAUCGCCUCGCUGUGGCCGGAAGCCCUCGAAGCGUGGACGCCACUCCAGGACGCGGACGCCGCUCGGAGCCGGUGGCGCCGCUCCCCUCGCGACGGCAAAGCGCCGACAUCCCGCAGGAAGCCAAAGCGGCCCAAGGGCAGCGCGUCGUGCCGUGUGGAGAAGCGUCAGACGCGCGUCCGCGAGCUGGGCCUGGGCUACGACUCGGACGAGAUCGUCCUGUUCAAGUACUGCGUGGGCUCGUGCCGCCCCGCGCGUCGGAACUACGACCUGGCGCUGGGGGCCCUGGCGGCGCGGGGCGCCAUCUCGGCCCGCAAGGUCAGCGGCCGGCCGUGCUGCAGGCCCACCCGCUACGAGACCGUGUCCUUCAUGGACGCUCGCGCCAUGUGGCAGACCAUCCGGUGGCUCUCGGCCGCCGACUGCGGCUGCGUGGGCUGAGCGAUCGCCUCGACGAUGUGUCGAUGUCACCGUGAGGACCCGCCGGUGGCCUGGGAAUCCAAGCCGGAACCUUCGGGUGUGCGCCGCCGGCGCCGAGAUACCCCCAAGAGAGCCUUAACUUGGGACUUGGGAGUUUUUUGGAACGAUCUACAUUGAGGUGUGGCUCAAAGGAAGACCCCGCUAAAGUCGUACUUUGAAGAAGUACUGGAAAUUGUGCAGA